UAGAUUUUGUAUUUGCAGAAUAGAUGUUCAAGAAAAAUCCUUUUUGUGCACAGUGCAUGCUUUAUGAUUGCUCAAUGUUGAUUUAUGUGCUGUUCCUGUAAAUCUAGUAAUAUCCAGUAGUGUGUAACCAUGAGGGUCAGACCAAUAAAAAUAUGGGAGACAUUAAUGAAGAAAGGACUCUUUCAUGUUCCAACAUGCAGCUUCUACAGACUUGAAACAAAGGGCUGAGGCUGGCUCAGGAGUAGGAUAAACAGACUAUAUAAAGGUGGUCUGAGAGUAGAGUCCCUCAGUAUAACACACAGCCAGAAAAACAGUUUGGUGCCCCAAAUCUGAAACAGGACAAACUCAAGUUCAAAUUUCAGAGUGAAAGUAAUUACACAUUCUUGAAAAUAUGCAUUCUGGGCUUUAGGCUAUAGUUGUUAACAUUGCCCUGGCAGAAGGAAAAGACUUUAAGGUGACAGAGGCUCUGAUUUAUGAACAUGGUGCUCAGCCUCUCUGUUUGUCCAACCAGGAACAACAUUCCUUCAAAACAAUCCUAUUGCCAAAAUGCUUCUUGCUACAUUAUAAUGUACGUAACCACAAGCUUGCAGGCAGCUGGAAUUGUGCAAUCUUUCCAGGCAGACUUAAAGAGCUCUCAUCCUUCAUAGAUAAAACAGCUUGAAAGCUGCUUCUUCAAAGAAUUUGUCCUAAACCUGCUUCGAAUAGGGUUUUUAAGAAGCACAGCCAUUUCUGUGUAAACAUUAACUGCAUACCUGCUUCAGUCUGCCACAAAAUGCAUGUUACUUUAAAACGAAGGAGCAGGAGGAGCACUGGCUUAUAAAAGGAAGAUUUGUGUUGUUUUUAUUAUUCCCUUUGGUCACUGUGGAUUACAGAAUGGAACGUGCACCAUGAUUCUGUGCUCCCACUUGUUUUCUAGCUGGACUGCUCAAGCCGUUGGAGGGAUAUCUGUGCUGGGACUCAAAUAUGGAUCAAAUGUGGAUUAGUGGUCCAGUCUGAUGCAGUGCUGUUAUCUGGUGCCUCAGCUCUAGUGACAAGACUAGUGACAAGACCUGCUGGAUCAGCUCCUUCCAGAUGAACUUUGGCACGAGUACAUCAUUCUUCACGGAAAACAAAAAUCCCAAGUUAUUUCUCUUGCAUUUAUUAACUUUUUGUUAAUAUUUUAUUUCGUAAAAUCCCAGAUUUUAUUUUCUGGAUGUUUACUUGUUUCAGUAGACAUUAUGCUGUACACCAUACUGGCUUUGAAAAGGACAUCAUAGGACAACCUGUUUUUUCAGAAGACUAAGUGAAUACACUGGGUAAUGUGAAUUGAAGAUGCCAGCCCCUUGGCAAAUAUGCUGCAACAAAAAGUCCAGAACCAAGAAUGCAAAAGCUGAAAUGGACAAUAUGGCAGAGACAAGUGAAAAAAUGCAGAUGAAGAAAGAAAUCACGUUACUAAAUGGAGUGUCUUUAAUUGUAGGGAACAUGAUUGGCUCUGGCAUAUUUGUGUCACCCAGAGGUGUUUUAAUGUACAGUGCUUCCUAUGGACUCUCGCUGGUCAUCUGGGCACUUGGUGGGAUUUUUUCCCUGUUCGGAGCUUUGUGCUACGUUGAACUGGGAACAUCCAUCCUGAAAUCUGGAGGCAGUUAUGCCUAUAUUCUGGAGGCAUUUGGGGCCUUUGUGGCCUUCAUCAGACUCUGGUCUUCCUUGCUAAUUAUUGAACCAACAACUCAGGCAGUGAUAGCAAUCACAUUUGCUAACUAUAUUGUCCAGCCAAUUUUUCCCCAUUGUGAACCUCCAUAUAAUGCAGUCAGGUUGAUUGCAGCUGCCUGUAUAUGUUCCUUAACAUUUAUUAAUUGUGUUAAUGUGAAGUGGGGUACCCGUGUACAAGACAUUUUCACAUAUGCAAAAGUUAUGGCUCUUAUCUUGGUGAUAUCUGUUGGCCUUUACAAAAUUGGCAAAGGGGAAACAGAAAACCUGAGAGCUCCCUUCGAGGGCUCAGCCUCCAGCCCAGGGAUGAUCGCCCUGGCUCUCUACUCCGCCCUCUUUUCCUACUCAGGAUGGGACACACUCAACUAUGUCACCGAGGAAAUGCAGAAUCCUGAGAGGAACCUACCUCUUUCUAUUGCAAUUUCAAUGCCCAUUGUAGCUAUUAUUUACCUGUUGACUAAUAUAGCAUACUAUGUAGUGCUGGACAUGUCAGCUCUCCUCAAAAGUGAUGCAGUGGCUGUGACAUUUGGAGGUGAAACCCUUAGUCAUGCCAAGUGGAUAAUUCCUAUAGCAGUGGCCAUGUCUUGCUAUAGUGGCUUAAACUCAUCAAUUAUUGCAGCAUCUCGACUUUUCUAUGUUGGAGCCAGGGAAGGACACCUCCCUGUCAGUCUGAGCUUGAUUCACAUAAAGUGCUUCACACCAGUCCCUGCUCUCCUGUUCAAUGGCUUAAUGACUUUGCUUUAUCUCCUUGUGGAAGAUGUUUUCCUCCUUAUUAAUUACUACUGCUUCAACUACUGGCUCUUUGUGGGUCUAUCUAUUGCAGGACUAAUAUAUCUGAGAUACACUCAACCACAUAGACCACGGCCUGUUAAACUUAGCCUCUUCUUCCCUAUAGUAUAUUGUUUGUGCUCCCUAUUCCUGAUUAUAGUGCCUCUCUACAGUGAUACUAUCAAUUCCCUUAUUGGUGUUGGUAUUGCCCUCUCAGGCAUUCCUGCAUAUUAUUUGGGAGUCCAUCUGCCAGUUGAAAAACGACCUAAAUGUCUACUUUGGCUCUCUGUACAGCUACAAUAACGAAGUAUGUUCAGAUGCUCUUCUACUGCUCUCUGUCAGACCUGGACAUAGACAUGGAACCCACAGCAGCUAAGAGCAAAUAGAGCUGCCUCAACAUUGAGAAUUGUGCCUUGACAUCUCCUAUCUGGAACAAUUUUUGUCAUCUGAAGUUCUCCCCAUAUGUUCAGUCAUUCUAGAGCACUAACCAUGGUACCGUGCAUCAGUUUGAUGUCUGUUAAGUUGUGAUGGUUUUAUAAAACAUUCUGUUUUCCAGGAUUUUUUUAAAAUUCUGUUUGUUAAUGGUGAGUUAUCAUGUAAUGUUUUGAAACUAUAAAGCACUUAAUGAACAAAUAUUUAUUAGUAGAUAAAUGCUGAAUAUUAAAGGCAAAAGAAGAGUAAAAAAAUAGAUCAGAGCUUUGCAAGAUUCAAAGUCUGAAUUUAAAAGUAGAAGUCACAGUAGUCUUCUAAAAAUGUAACUAAAUUCUUAGCCAAAGCAAAAAAAAAAAAAGAUAUAGUUCUUGCUGGUAAACAUGUUUGGAGCUUUAAUACUAGUGUUGAAUUAUUCUAAUGCAUAAUUCCUGGCAUGUGUAGUUUACCAAAAGCAGAAAACCAAAGGGUUUGGUCAUUUAAGUUCUGUGAGAAGUUUUCAUUUGAUGAUGGUCCACACACAUUACUCUUUUGUAGAAAAGGUAUUUCCAACAAACAAAUGAUGCCAUUGUUCAGAAUAGUUUUGCUUUCCAGAAGAGCAGUCUGCCAUGGAGAACUUCAAGGCACUGGGUCACAUUCCAUCUAGUGUAUAUUCAGGGAAAAGACCUUCUCAGACUGUCCUUUGCUUGCCUGCAAGUAUCAAAAUCAAACUGAUUUUUUCCACAGUGGAACUUACUUCAGAAAUUCACAAGGACAAAUUAAAAAUUGAUGUUUUUCAAAAUUCCUUGAGCCCCUUCCUAAUCCCUGAGACCUCACCAGUUUCUGCUGGCAAGGUAACCUGCAGGUCUCCUACUGUGCACACAGAUAGGUCUUCACACCAUGCAGGUGCCUGUUGCACAACACCCAGCACAGACAAGUGCACCCACCAGAGGGUGCCAUGAAAGAAAAGGGUAGUUAAGAACUAGGGAUCUUCUCCUGAACAUUAACUUUUUCAGUGUGGCACACAGGAAUGUGCAACUAGUCCGAAUCCUUGGUCUCCUGAAAAGGAAAAGACAAUAA